CAAAUACUUUUCUUUCUUGAAUUCCAACCAAACCCCACUUCUUAAAAAGCAUCAAAUUCUCAUAAUCUUUCACAAAACCUACAAAACCCUAAGUUGUUUUUCAUUGUUAUCCCCUUUUGUUUGCAUUGCAAAUGUUAUAGCUGUUUAUCCAUCUUGUCAAAAUUCGUUGCAAAGAGGUAAUUUCUAUUAGAGAAUCAUACAAUGGUGACAGGAGGUUCGUCAAAUAAGGAAGUUGUCAAUCCUAAGGCAAUUAUACACAAGAGAUUUGGAGAUAAGGCGCGUUAUAAUGUGGAGGAAAUUCAAGAGUUUGCAUCAAAUGGAUGCCCCGGACUGGCUAUUCCACAGAAAGGUCCUUGCCUAUACCGUUGCUGCUUGGAACUCCCUGAAUUUAGUGUUGUGUCGGAUAUCUGCAAGAGAAAGAAGGAAGCAAUGCAAUCUGCUGCAGAAAAGGCCCUAGAGAAGUUAACUGACCCUCCUGUUGAAGAUCCAGCAGAUCAAUUGAUUUCUCGGCUUUCCUAUCUAUUCUCAAAUGAUUUCUAUUCCACAUGUCAUCCACUGAGUGGUCACUUCCGAGCAGCUUUGCAGAGAGAGGGUCACCUCAAUGGUCUUGUACCCAUUACUGUAAUGUGCUUCUUUGAUUCUAAGCUAUCUAAUCUAUGUAAGAGCAUAAAACCUGAAAUCGAGUCAAAACCGUUGGAGGUGAUGUCAAUGGUUAUGGAUGCUGCCACAAGAUUAUCUGAAACUGUGUUUACUUCGAAAGAGAAUUUCUCAUUAAGAAGAAUAAGCCCAUACCCCCCUGAAGUUAUACAAUCUGUAGAGGCUUCAUGCCAGCAAGAAACUUAUAUUAAGGUUAUACAAGUUCCGUAUCUGGUGGAGGAGAAUGUUAAGCCUUCAACUCUGGAUGUUUCUUCAAAUAAGUAUUACAUGGAUGUCAUUGCCCGAGGUCUUGGAGCUGCAGAUGCUUCUAUGGUUAUGCUUUCCAGAUCUGUUGGAAAAGCAUCUUCUGAAACAAGGUUGUAUUUUCAUGCUCCCAAAAAAGAUCUCGAAGAUGGAGCAUUUAUGAAUGCAAGGGCCAGUUAUUUAUCUGGUCAGAUCAUAUAUGGAGAUGCUAUUUUGGCUACCAUAGGCUACACGUGGAAAUCUUGUGAUCUUUUCCACGAAGAUGUAACUUCCAGCACAUAUUAUAGGUUACUUAUGAACAAGGUACCUACUGGUAUAUACAAGCUGUCACGGGAGGCAGUACUUGUAGCUGAAUUACCUGCAAGAUUUGGGGCUCGAAGUAAUUGGAGGGGCUUGCUUCCAAGGGAUAUCCUCUGUACAUUUGCCCGUCAGCAUCAAUUACCUGAACCUGUUUUUUCCCUGGUCCCUGCCAAAGACAUAGAGGGACCUGAAGAAAUUUAUAGGUGUGAAGUGAAAUUACUCUCAAAGGGUCAAGAUUUAAUAUUACAUUGUUACCCCCGAGAUUUGUUUAAGAAGCAAAGUGAUGCUGUCCAAAAUGCAUCAUCAAAGGUGAUCUCAUGGCUAGGUGAUUACUUAAAGAAACUCAGUAUGCAACGAGAGGAUUUGACCAACGGAAAUGGUCUGGAUCUUGACUUCUAUCCUGAACAUAUCUCAAAGGAAUUGCAUUUUUUUUCGCUAGUUCACAAGUCAUGGUCGGGUUUUGAGGCUAACAGUAAAAAAGUACAAGCAUUUAGUGAUAACGUAUGUUCUUACAACAUACAAGGUCCAGACUCUGACAUUUUUCCAUCAAAUGGGUGUCUAGUAUGUGUAUGCUACAGUGUGUUUUUAGUGACUGAAGGUGAUAAAGAACUUCUAGAGAAAAAUGAAGAAUUUGAGUUUGAGUUUGGGAGUGAGGCUGUUAUUCCAGAUCUUGAAGCAGUUGUGGCACAGACGGGUGUGGGUCAAUCUGCUCAUUUUAGAGUGGAGAUGCCUCCUCGGGAGUUGAUUUUUGCAGCCAGUGCUGAUCUUUCACGGAGUCUUUCUUUACUCUCCGCAGGUGGAUGCGGCCUGGAAUACACCACAACUUUGUUGCGGGUUACGGAACCCAUGGAAGACAGAAUGGAAAAGGCUCAAUUUAGCCCUUCUUUAUCUAAGCAGCGUGUUAACUAUGCGGUGGGACACAUUAAGGAAUCUUCAGCAACUUUCCUGGUUGACUUUGGUUGUGGGUCUGGAAGCUUGUUGGACUCAUUACUGGAUUAUCCAACAUCACUGGAAAGAAUUAUUGGUGUUGACAUAUCAACUAAAGCCCUUGCUCGUGCAGCAAAGACCCUACAUUCCAAGCUAAGUACCAGUUGUAAUACUCAAACGCCAUGUAGCGGUAUCGAAUAUGCUCAGUUGUUAGAUGGUUCAAUCACAACCUUUGAUUCUCGGGUAUACGGAUGUGAUAUUGGAACAUGUUUAGAGGUGAUUGAACACAUGUCAGAAGACCAAGCAACCUUAUUUGGCAACGUUGUGCUGAGCUCCUUUUGUCCAAAACUUCUUAUCAUAUCCACCCCAAACUACGAGUACAAUGUAAUACUUCAAAAAUCAGCUCCUCAAACCCCAGAGGACGACAUGGAUGACAAAAACCCAACAAAACCUUGCAAAUUCCGCAACUUUGACCACAAAUUUGAGUGGACCCGGGAGCAGUUCAGAAUCUGGGCAUCUGAGCUUUCUGAAAAACACAACUAUGAUGUUGAAUUUAGUGGUGUUGGUGGUGUUGACGGCGUAGAACCUGGGUUUGCUUCACAGAUUGCAGUUUUCAGGCGUCGUUCUGAGCUUCCAGCUGACAAAGAUUCUGCAGCCGUGCCAUACAAAGUUGUAUGGGACUGGAAGAGGACUAACGGUUUGGAGGGACACGUUUAAUUUAUAUCCAACUAACCAAUUUUUGGUAGUUAAACAGCAUUAACAAGAUUCGCGGAAAGCCUGUUUUGUAGAGGUUUACUUACUGUGAAAAUAUGAAAUGAAACGGGGAUACUUCUGGAAUAAUUAUUGGGUCAUUUAGCUGGAUAAAGUACAAGAAUUCUAAGAUGUUGACUUGAUAUAUACAUGUUGAGACAAGUAUGAGACUUAAACAAGGCUUUUUAUCCUAA